AUGACUGCUCAUGUUGUUAUGCAAAAACACCUCAGAUGGGUUGAUGAUGGCUGGGUGAUCUCGUUUGUACAUGAUGAACAUUUGAAUAUAUCUCGGAUUAUCCUAGUAGAUGCACAGAAGUUUACCAGUGAGCCAGUUGCAAUUAUUACCUUGCCAUAUCGAGGUGCAUUUAAACUUACGUCCACUUGCCCAAUUGCAAUAAAGUACAACAAAAUAUUUGUUGAUGCCUUCUCGAAUCGAAAAAAACAAUCGUUUACGAAUCAUUUAUUAUGGUUGAUGACACCAUGGGCUAUGGUUUGUGAUGUAAGGUACCUUGAGCGUCAAAAUAUGAAGCUUGGAAAAAUAGUUAUCGAGUUUGCAAAGAGAGUCUGGGAUGGAUACUUGAAAUACUCUAGUUGCAAUCCAAAAUAUAUUGAACACAAAAUGAAUAUACAAAUGUUUGAGCUCGAUAAGGUGCGUGAAGAAUGGGCUACUUAUGUCGCAAACUUUAUUUAUUAG